AUGUACGACUGGGGUGGCAUCCAGACACGCAAUGUGAAUCUAUCAGGUAGGGGAGGCUGCAGCACAGCGCUAGGCAGGGAGGCCUUCCUGCAGCAAACCAGGUUACGGCGGCAGCAGCGGGAGCUGCUGCGUCAGCAGCAGCAAGCGCAGCAGAAGAUUUCUGCUGCUUGGAGGUCCUUCAGACAGAGGCAGCAGCACAAGCAGCGCUGCAGAGAUGAGUUCGAUCAGCAGCAGCAGCUUCUGCUGCAACAGCAGCAGCACAUGCAAGUCGAUGACCAUCAGCAGCAGCAGCAGCAGCAGCAGCAGCAACAGCAGCAGCAGCAGCAACUCUAUAGGAGACAGGGUCGGCUGAUUGCCUUCAGCUUCGAUCCGUUUAGCUCCGCUGAGGACCCCGACUCCAAGAGACUCCUUGCUGCUGCUGCUGUGUUGCCUCCUCCUGCUGCAGCAGAUGUAGCAGCAGCAGCAGCAGCAGCAGCUAAAGUAACAAUAGACGCUGGAGCAGAAGCAGCAGCAGGCAUAGGAGCAGACGGAGCAGCAACAGAACAAUCAGCAGGGGAGACAACAGCACCUGCAGAAGCCUCAGCUAACGCACCAGAAGCAGAAGGAGCAGCAGCAGCUGCUACUUCUACUUCUGCAGCAGCAGCAGCAGCGACAGAAGCAGCAGGGGCGGCGGAUGGAGCAGCGGCAGCAGGCGCAGCAGCAGCAAAGACAGCAGCAGCAGCAGCAGCAGCAGCAGCCGCAAAUGCUAACUGCGCUUUGCAUGUUGCUGUUCUGCACGCUCUGUCCGUGCAUUACAGAAACCUAAUAGUGCUACAGCACGGCAAGCAGCGGCAGCAGCAGCGCGAGCAGAAGCAGCAGCAGCAGCAGCAGCAACAGCAACAGCAGCAACACAAGCAGCAGCAGCACAAGCAGCAGCAACAGCAGCAGCAGCUGAAGCAGCCCCCCAUGCUGCUAUUCGAGGGUGACGUCCGCCGCUGCUGCGGCUGGCGCUGCAGUGCUUUGUCUCCUUCUAAGAAAGCUUGCUUCGGCUUGCCUGCAGCAGCAGCAGUAGCUGCUGCUGCCGCUGCUGCUGCUCCUGCUGCUGCGGCUGUCCCCUGCAGGAACUAUGGCUUAGUCGGCAGGCUCCCGUUGGCGCUGCUGCCUUUAGAAGCAGACACUGCAACAAAGCAGCAAGCAGCAGCAACAGCAGCAGCAACGGUGCGGCUGCUGCUGCAGCUGCUGCGCUUUGACCAGCAGCAACAGCAACAGCAGCAACAGCAACAGCAGCAGCAGCAACAGCAACAGCAGCAGCAGCAGCAGGCUAGCCUCUUUCAUGGCGCUCUGUGGCGCCUCUUGGGGUUAGGCUGCUGCGUUGCUGCUCAGGUCGGCAGCUUCGUGUGCUCUGCUGUUAUCGCACCUGCAGCAGCAAAAGCAGCAGCAGCAGGAACUAGCGGAGGUGCAGCAGACGCUUCUGAAGGGGAAGAGAUAAGCCCUGAUGCUGAGGAUGCCCUGCUGCUGCUGCAGCACUUCCUGAAAGACCAAGCAUUUGCUGCAGAUUCUAUGGUUCAGUGGGAGCUGCUGGUGCAUCUGUUGGGCUGCCCGCUGCUGCUUCCGUCAUACGCUACGAAAGACCAGCAGGAGCAGCAGCAGGAGCAGCAGCAGCACCAGCGAGUUCUGCUGCAGGAUAAGGCUCUUGCCCGCCUUGAAGCCCUACUCUUCGCUUCCGGUGCUGCACCAGCAGCAGUAGCAGCAGCAGCUGCUGCUGCUGCUGCGCCAGCAGCACUUGCUGCUUUUCCAGGGCUCCGAAGUGCUGCUGGAGUUGCUGCUGCAGCGAGUGCUGCUGCUUUGCUGCGACAGAGGAGGGCCUUCCCCCGGGAGAAGCAACAGCAGCAGGUGCUGCCGCCGCAGCGCCCAGGGCUGCUGCUGCAGCCGCAACAGCAGCAGCUCACGGGGCUACAGCAGCAGCAACAGCAGCAGCAAAAGGUUUUGUCUGCGAGGCAGCAGCUACUGCGGCAAUAUGCUGCUGAUGCAGAGAUGCAGAACAGCUUCUAUGAGGGGCUACGGCGACCUUACCUGCUGCAGCAAUCAGCAGCAGCAGCAGGAACAGCAACAGAAGAUGCAGCAGCAACAGAUAGAGCAGCAGCAGCAACAACAGCAGCAGGCCAACAUAAAAUGGGCCUUGGGGUCUGCUUGGCUGGCAACAUGCUGUCUCUUCUCUCUCUGCACCGGCAGCGACUCGAUGCUGCAGCAGCUGCUGCUUCCCCGUUAGCAGCAGCAGCAGGAGCAGCAGCAGGAGCAGCAGCAUCAGAAGAAUUUGCAUGCCCCCUGUGGCUGCUGGUGUCUUUGCGUCUCUGCGGCUGGGGCUGCCCCUUCGAUUUGCUGCGGACGAGUCUCCUCAGUCCUGAAGAGCAGCGGGGACAGCAGCAGCAGCAGCAGCAGGAGCAGCAACAGGAGCAGCAGCAGCAAGAGCAGCAGCAGCAGCAGCAACAGGAGCAGCAGCAAGAGCCGUGUAAUGCGGUCUCCGGGGAAGAGACGCUGAGGCGACAGCUAGUUGGCUUGACGGAGAGUUGGGCUGUCACUGCAUUUUUUACUGCUGCGCUUGCUGCUCAAUCGCGAGGCCUUUCGGAUCUGCUGCAGCUGUACCUGCCGCCUGACGCGGAACGAGCAGCAGCAGCAGCAGCAGCAGCAGCAGCUGACUCAGGAGCAGCUGCAGCGGGACCAGCAGCAGGAGCAGCAGCAAACGAAGACAGCGAAUCUGAAAGCUGGGGCUCCGACAGCGAUGAGGAGGAAGAAGACUCUCAACCCUUCUCCUCCCUCUGGGCUCACAAACACACAGAUGAGGAGGUGCUUAUUUUGAAUGCCCUGGCCGUCAGCACGCCGCUGCCUCUUCGCCUCCUCCGCGCCAUCAAAGACUGCAUGACGGACGACUCUGAAUUGCUGGAGGAGACAGAGGAAGACCGUCUUAGCCCCACAUGCAGCAGCAGCAGCAGCAGCAGCAGUGGGGGGUUUUCUUUGCAGCGCAGCGACUUGCGCUGGCUGCUGCUGACCCUGAACCGUCUCGCGUGGCUAUUGCUGCGUUCUGCAUGCGCUGCUUCAAGCGCGCAGCAGCAGCAGCAGCAGCAACAACAACAACAAUUGAAUCUUUCUGCCUUCUUGCCCCAGUAUGCAGCUUCUGCCUCCAGCAGCAGCAGCAGCAGCAGCAGCAGCAGAAGCAAACUCAAAGGAGGCCGGGAGCGUCUCUGGCGGUUGGUUCCCGGCGUGCUGCGAGAGCUGCUAGACCUCAACAGCAGAGUACUUCUUGUUACAGAUGAAGAAUUAGUUUUAUCAGACGGGCCUGCAUCUCUUAUUCUUUGUGCUGCUGCUGGUCAAAGGCUGCCAGCUCUAUGGGAGUGCUUAGUCUGGUGUAUGCGGGGAGGAGAUGCAGCAGCAGGCGCUCCCGGUGCUGCUGGCAGCAGCAGCAGCAGCAGCAGCAGCAGCAGCGCAUUUGCUGCAGCAGCAGCAAACACACCCUCAAGAGCUGCUGCUGCGCUUCCAUCCCCUGUCUUUCGUCUUACUAAUCUACCUACGCGUUUGCUGGCUUCUUCUCUGGUGUAUGUACCUCAUACAAUUGGCUUCCCAGACAGACUCGCGGUCUUUUAUCAGCUGCUGGCCUACGAAAGAGGAGACAUCUCCGCUGCCUAUCUCCACCGCCGCUGCUUCCAAAUCAGGCGCACCCACAUCGUUCCUGCUGCUGCAGCUGUGAUGGCUGCUAUGAUCAACGCGAAGGCGGUUUAG